GACGUGUCUGGACCAUAUGGUUGCAGUGUAAAUUAGAACUCAUCUAUUUUUUGUACCUCAAAAAUGUUUCUGUUAUUCUGGCUUUUGAGCAUUUCUGCGGUCUCUAUCAGCUUGUGACGGACAGCCAAAAUUACCGGAGCCAUUACAUUACACACUGACAACAUGAGUAUUUGAUAUAUUUGAAUUAGGGGAUAUACAUGGGGUUGGUAUUUUUUAACUUGUAAUUUAGUUUUUAGAACUGUAAGACGAAAACGUUUAUAAAGCAUGAUAUGUGCUAAUGUGGCGGUCUUGACCGUGACCAUGCGUCUUUGACCGCGAUCUGACCAUAACUGACACAAGACCCACAGGUGAACGUACCUGCUCAGUUUCUGGAACCACGCCUACGGUGGAAACUACGCUUAACUCCCUCCGAAAAGCUAUAGACUUUGAAAAACAAGUUAAUUGGUCCAAGGGGAACGGCGACAAAAUACGAAGAGCUGGAGAAGAGGUUAUUCUUUCUCGCGCCGUGCUGGAGGGAUGCAGAAGUCUUGUGGUGAAGUCAUUGAAUCUACCUCCGAUGCUGUAAUCAAAGGGUUCCACUUACACCUAUACUCGAAAUUCUUGUUUUGAUGGAAACGCCACUGCUCCCGUUUUAACUAUGAGACAAGUAGCUAUAGCCUAUGUGUCUUACGGACAGGGAGUUGGAUUUAAUAAUUAAACCCCAAUAGUAAGCAUGCGGGUAGUGUGGCCAAAGCGACUGGCCGCGUGUGCGGUGGUUUUGUUGGUCAUUGGAUAUGGCUCAUUGUUGGUCGGUAAUAUGCCGUUUGGGGCACGAGAAGUGGAUAACAAGGUGGACAGCACGUCAGAGCAAUUUAAGAGGUACCAGGACAUGGAAAACCGAAUGAAUGAAAUCUAUGACUUGUUUAAAGGCUUCGAGCAGAAGCAGAAUUUGAUUUACAGAAUGCUGGAAGAGGAGAGAGAGAGAGCGGAGAAACAGAGGGUGGAGAAUGCUGCCAAACAACAAAAAGAGUCAAAAGAAAAAGAGAUGGUGAAGGUGAAGAAAAACCUGUUUCCUCAGUCACCACUGUUCAAGAAAUGGGGUGAAAAUCUUUCACACGGGGACCAGAAGGAAGCAGAGGCUCUGUUCAAAAAAUAUGGAUACAACGUGUUUCUCAGUGACAGAUUGCCACUGGACAGACAGAUUAUGGACACACGAGAUCCCAGGUGUUUGAAGAAAAACUACCCUAAAAACCUCCCCUCGAUCAGUGUGGUGUUGAUCUACCUGGACGAGGCCCUGUCCAUCCUCAAAAGGGCUGUCCGGAGCAUCAUCGACAGGACUCCAGCACACCUGCUGAAGGACAUCAUACUGGUAGAUGACCACAGUACCAACGAGGACCUGAAGGAGCAGCUGAAUGUCUACAUCAGAACGAUGGAGGGGCAGCACCCGGGGGUGAAGUUCACCAGAGUGAGACACGAGGAGCAGAUGGGCCUGACGCAGGCGCGCAUCUCUGGUUGGAGGGCCGCCACCGGCGACGUGGUGGCCAUUCUGGACGCCCACAUAGAGGUCAACGUGGGCUGGGCGGAGCCUCUUCUGGCCCGGAUCAAGGCGGACCGCACGUUGGUGGUGACACCGGUAUUUGAUAGGGUCAACUACGAUGACCUGAAGGUGGUGCGCUAUGCCACGUAUGCUCACGCCUUCGACUGGGCGCUGUGGUGCAUGUACGAGACCUUCAGUCCAGAGUGGUACAAACUCAAUGACACGUCGCUGCCUUGGAAGAGUCCCUCUGUUAUGGGAAUUCUGGUGGCGGAUAGGAAUUUCCUGGGAGAAAUCGGCGUCCUGGACGGUGGUAUGAAGAUUUAUGGAGGAGAGAAUGUGGAGCUGGGAAUCCGGGUGUGGCUGUGUGGGGGCAGCAUCGAGGUAGUGCCAUGCUCCAGGAUUGCUCACAUCGAGAGGAACCACAAGCCCUACCAGCCCGACCUCAGUAUCACCAUGAAGAGGAACGCGCUGAGGGUGGCAGAGAUCUGGAUGGACGAGUACAAGCACAACGUGAACAUUGCCUGGAACCUCCCACUCAAGGAUCAUGGGAUUGAUAUCGGGGAUGUGACAGAGAGGAAGAGACUGAGAGAGAAGCUUAAGUGUAAACCCUUCCGCUGGUACUUGGACAACGUGUAUCCCCAGCUGGACCCUCUGGGGGACCUGGUGGCCUACGGAGGACUGAAGAACAUGGAGCAGGAGAAUGCAUGUUUGGAUCAAGGGCCUGUGCCAGGUCAUGUGCCUAUAGUCUUCCCCUGCUUCUACUAUGGCCCACAGCACACAUACUACCGCACAAACGGAGAGCUUUACGUGGGGGGGAUAAAGUCACACAAGUAUAACAAUAACCGCUGCCUGACCGACCCAGGAGUGGCAAAUGAACCUGGACUAUAUGACUGCAAUGUAGCCAAGCAAAAGGGGAUGGGGCUCCACUGGGACUUCUCUCAGGGUAAGUCCCUGAAGAACAGAGAAACAAAUAGAUGUCUGGAGGUGAAAGAUGGUAAACUUGUGGUCCAGGACUGUACUGGGCAGCACUGGCAGAUCCAGAAUGUUAUCACUGACUUCUGAGCAUGACAGAAAGAGUUUGUGUUGAACGAUAUUGCACUUUAUCAUCUUUCAAACAAAACAUUAAACUCCUGAUGCACUGUAUUCAGUAAAAUUCCCAAAGCGCUUACUGUUGAGCGGUUGUAUUUACUCAAAAACCUUGUACUCCCCAAAGAGCAUAAGUCAUCCACACAUUUCAUAUGUGAGGAACUGCCUGUUUGUUUUUUUUUAAUCUAUUUUUAUUUUGCCAGUCUUUUGGAAACUUGCAAUCCACUUUCUUCCGUCAAUCUUUAUUAUCCCCUUCACACACACACACACACACUUUAAAGUGCUCUGAGUGCUCUGUGCUCCAUAUAAACAAUGGAAAUCAUGUUUUAAUGACAUGACAUUGAGUCACAUUCAAAACUGGCUACAUGACUUUGAAAAUUGUUAUUUAAAAUGUAUGUAUUUAUUUUUUUGUUUGGUGAGAAUCCUACAGACUAGAGGUUAAUUGGUUACAAAAAAGUCGUCUCAGUGUUUUUGAUUUGCACUUUUCCAUUAGAUACCCUUAAAUCAAUAUGAGAUAACCUUGACAAUGGCGUGGGAAUCAUCAGUGUGCUUUGAGAGUCCUAAACAGUAUGGUCAUGCUACAAUAUGGUGCCUUUUGUAUCCCAAUGGCAUGUUUUGUGCAACAUGUUUACUCAUAAUUAAAUGGGCAUGUCAUAAAAUACAGCAUUUCUCAUGCGCAUUGAGUCGCAUGAGCAUGUCCUUGAAGCUCGAGUUAAUUUGACCACAAAACAUGAUCCAAAGUGCCAAUAAGGUGUUUUGACCUCUCUUGCAUUUUUGUGUUUUUCAUGUAAAUCGUCUUUUUGAUACAGUUUGUCAAUGGUAUGAGUUGAUUUUAUUCACAGACAUCACCGGAAGUCUACGUGUGGCGUUCUAGUGGUUCAAAAAAUAUAUUCACUGCGAAUGAAAUUGGGAAAAAUACAUAAAUACAUAAAAAUGUAAUGGCAGCCAAAAAUUGUGCCAUGUUCUGAAGAGAUUUACAGAAGAUGAUAUUUAUCAAAGGGAUGAUAUUUAUCAGCUUUUGCCAAGUAGACAGGGAUGAUCAUUAUGUAGCUAGAUUUGAUUGUUUUAAGUGUCCAUCCUGACUAAAAUCACAUUAUUACAGAUGUUGAAUCAGAAAGGUCAUUUGAAUGCCAUUAAUGGCUGUGGAAGCAGAAUUGAAAAUUUUAGUUUUGUUUAGUCCAUCAAAAUUUCUGAUGGUUCAAAUGCUAGUAAGGUUUAUUUUGGUAAUACUUUGACCAACACCAUUAUUCAAUUGUCAACCGUGUUACUUGACAA